AUGAGGCGCUGCCCAUGCCGAGGGAGCUUGAGCGAGGCCGAAGCUGGGGCGCUGCCGGCGGCGGCCCGCAUGGGGCUGGAGGCGCCGCGAGGGGGCCGGCGGAGGCAGCCCGGACAGCAGCGAGCCGGGCCGGGUGCCGGAGGCCCGACGGGACGGCCCGAGGGGGGCGGGCCCCAGGCCGGGGCCGAGAGCUCCAGGCUGGUCCCCACGGAGCCCGAAGCGGGGACCGCCGGCCUGGGAGCGGACAGCAGCAGCAGCAGCAGCAGCAGCGAGACGCCGCCGGCCGACAGGUCAGAAGGGAGCAGCCACGGGGCAGAGCCCUGGACGGAGGCCGGCACUCUCUGGCCUGAGCCACACAGAUCCGACCUGCAGUCUCAGCGGGACAGGGACAGGCCCGGGGCCGAGAACCUGCGGACUCAGCACAGCAGGUCCAACUCAGAGAGCACCUGCGUCUCUCCGGAGCUUGGGGCUAAUGACUCUUGCAAAGAUGUGGGCGCUGCUACUGCCUCUGUCCAGGAGCCACCUGGCGCCGAUGGCCCCCUGCUACAGCCGGAUACUGCUACUGCCUGGACACAGCGGGGCAUUGCUGAGGAUCCCCAAACAGCACCUGGGACAGACUGCCUUGUAGGAGAGCAUCCUGGCAGCGACACUGGGCCAGGGGAAGACACAGGACCUGGGCAGUUGGUGACUGACCUGUACUCGCACCUGGAGGGUAACCCCCUGUGCCCUGUACCCCGCCUCAUCAUCACCCCUGAGACCCCAGAGCCGGACGCCCAGCCCGUGGGAGCCCUGUCCCGGGCUGAGGUGGGCAGCGGCGGCUUCUCCUCUGCCUCCUCUUUCGACGAGUCGGAGGACGAUGUGGUGGACGUGGUGGCUGGGGAUGGAGGUGCCAGCGAUCCCGAGGACAGGGCCGGGAGCAAACCAUGGAAAAAGUUGAAGACAGUUCUGAAGUAUUCACCUUUCGUGGUCUCCUUCCGGAAACACUACCCCUGGGUCCAGCUUUCAGGACACGCAGGGAACUUCGAGGCGGGAGAGGACGGGCGGAUUCUGAAACGCUUCUGUCAGUGUGAGCAGCGCAGCCUGGAGCAGCUGAUGGAAGACCCGCUGCGGCCGUUUGUGCCAACCUACUAUGGCACGGUGCAGCGGGACGGCCAAGCCUUCAACCAGAUGGAAGAUCUCCUAGCCGAUUUCGAAGGCCCCUCCAUCAUGGACUGCAAGAUGGGCAGUAGGACCUACCUGGAGGAGGAGCUGGUGAAGGCACGGGAACGUCCCCGGCCCCGCAGGGACAUGUACGAGAAGAUGGUGGCCGUGGAUCCCGGGGCCCCCACGCCCGAGGAGCAUGCGCAGGGGGCCGUCACCAAGCCCCGCUACAUGCAGUGGCGGGAGGCUGCCAGCUCCACAUCCACCCUGGGCUUCCGCAUCGAGGGCGUUAAGAAGGCUGAUGGGACCUGCAACACCAACUUUAAGAAGACGCAGGCGCUGGAGCAGGUGACCCAGGUGCUGGAGGACUUUGUGGAUAGAGACCCCGGGGUCUUGAGAAAGUACGUGGCCCGCCUGGAGCAGCUCCGCGACACUCUGGAGCAGUCCCCCUUCUUCAGGACUCACGAGGUGGUGGGCAGCUCCCUGCUCUUUGUGCACGACCGCUCGGGCCUGGCCAAGGUGUGGAUGAUUGACUUCGGCAAGACAGUGGCCCUGCCUGCCCACCAGACCCUCAGCCACCGACUGCCCUGGGCCGAGGGCAACCAUGAGGAUGGUUACCUGUGGGGCCUGGACAACAUGAUCCACCUCCUACAGGGGCUGGCCCGUAGCUGACCCUCCCAGCAUGCCUGGCUCAUUCACCGGAUGGGGCCGCUCCAGCCAGAGGAACCCCACAUGCAACGGGGGCCUGAGUGUGGCAAGUGGGGCAGCGACCUCCAGGAUGGGAGAGGUUGAAGGCCUCCACGAUACCACAACACGUGCAGGCGAGGUCAUGCCAGCCAGCCGAACCAGAUCAGUCCCCGGACCACAGGUUACGGAGGGGCCACCGGCAGCCUCCACUGAACGACACCAGCCAAGAGCCCACCUCAGCUGUUAGAGGGUGCAGGCGUGACCGUGAGGACCACAGCGUCGCUCAUGAUCAAAUGCAAGAGCCACUUGUCUCCUGAUUUAGUGAGGACACUGCGCGCACAGAGUGUCGCCUCUGGCCUAGGGUCGGUGCUGCAGGCGGGCCGAGGGUGGGGCUCCCCGGCCAGCUGCCCUGCCAGGGCUGGUGUGCUCCUCCCGUGGAUUCUGCGGACCAGCAGCCGCACUCUGCCCUCUGGCACCUUCAGCCCCAGGACUUUGUCCUUUGUGCCAGGACACAUGGUCCCUGUGUGUUUCCUCCUGGCAGACUACAGUGCCUGGACCUAAGGCUCCUGCAGGGGAACGUGCAGC